AAGGGCAGCACUUGUCGCUCGAAAAAUCGAUUAAACGCAGGUGCUGGUGUUGGAAAAACGGUUUUUCCGUCUAGUUCACGUUGUUCCUCAGUUGUUCCAUGAUCACCAGAGUAAUCAUAAGCCCCAGGAGUAGUGACAAGUGCCGAUAAUCAUCGCUGAAAGGCUCCAGAGGAGGUUUCGACAGUGGCUUUUACUUCUGUUGAAUAUCGAGAGCGUGAUAUUGAGAAAAAAGUGUUUUUUUAAUGUAAUUAGUUGGUGAAAACUCUUGUGAUUUAAUCUUUCAUGUGUCUGGGGAUAUAGCAUCGGCUUUAUGACAUCCGGAAAGGAAACUAUGGGUGAACAGCCAAUUUUCACAUGCAAAGCGCAUGUGUUUCACAUCGACCCCAAGACCAAACGGUCGUGGGUAUCAGCAUCAACUGCUGCUGUUUCUGUAUCGUUUUUCUAUGACUCGACGAGGAGCUUGUACAGGAUUAUUUCGGUGGAGGGAACCAAGGCGGUUAUCAAUAGCACCAUCACUCCCAACAUGACGUUCACCAAGACAUCGCAGAAGUUUGGACAGUGGUCUGAUGUCAGGGCCAAUACUGUUUACGGGCUGGGGUUCUCGUCGGAGGCUGAAUUGGGAAAGUUCAUCGAGAAAUUUCACGAGGUGAAAGAGGCGACAAAAAUAGCUGGUGCAAAGCUGCAAUCAAACAGUUCAUCAGUGACUCCAUCGACAAGUGCAAAUGUCAGUCCCAUAACCCAGCGCUCCUGCAUGCCCUCGUCCGAGCAAGAUCUCAUCGAUCCCCCCAAUUCAUCCAUGAUAAACUCAAACCUAUCAGCCUCGAACAAUCCCAAUCCCAAUGCCAACAUGAUAUCCGCACAGAACAGUGUGUCAUCGGUCAGCAGCAGUCCACUACCAGGCACAUGCCAGAACAAAGUCGACGAGGAGCUGAAGAAUGCUGUCCACGCUAGAUCGCAGAUCAUCAAUCAGCAGCAGAACACGGAGAGCCCACAGCAUCAGGGAAAACAGGGACAAAUGGGGGUCAACCAGGGACAGAGCAUGGAGAUGCAAUUGAAGUAUGAGAAUGACAGGCUAAAACUCGCAUUGGCACAGAGCUCGGCCAAUGCCAAAAAAUGGGAGGUGGAGCUCUCGACCCUAAAAAUGAACAACGCGAGGUUGACAAGUGCUCUUCAGGAAUCAACAGCGAAUGUAGACGAGUGGAAACGACAGUUGCAGCUCUACAAAGAGGAAAAUAUGCGUAUUAAAGCUAAAUACGCUGAUUUGGAGUCUGGAAAAGUGGCUGAAGGCAACAGUGAGGCACUCAAACUGCGUGUGGAGGCGUUGGAGAACGAGUUGAGGACAAGAAACGAGGAGUUGAAAGCCAUGACCAUGGCCACCAAGAACAAAGACUUCGUGGCCCUGCAGAAGGUGAACGACGAGCUUCGUGAGAUGCUGGGUGUUGUCCAUGAGCAGCUUGAGCUUGCAUUGAGUGCAAACAGAGUGCAGAAACAAAAUUUGGAUACAUUGAACUCACGAUUAGCUGGUUAUAUUCAAGAUUUAGCGACAGUGCAUCGAGAAAUAACCAACACACUUCAAACAUAAGUAAACAUUCUUUUUUUUAUUUGAAAAGAAUUUAAGAGAAUUAUUGUGACGCAGGACGUGACGACCUGAUCAUGACGUAAUGAAAAUGCAGGAUAUGAUUUUAAAACAGUAAAUGAAAUGCAGGAGGAGAAACACCAGAAGGGGGAGGAUGAGAAACGAAGGGCCAUGUUCCAAAAAAAUACAUAUCUUAGUAAACUCCUUCCAGAAGAAUUUCCACUGUGCCACUUUACGAGGGUUAACUUUAGUACAGAAUGUGCCAGAAUCUUUUUUUUCUUUUUUAUUUCAUGAGCUCGUUAGAGAAGUGGUGAAACGUGUGGGGAAAUAGUUGUCGAGUUGAAUUUAUUUCUGGUAAUUGGUUUGGUAAUCAGUUUAUCCCGAGAAUUAGUGGGUCUAUGGGAUAAUGUGGAAGGAUCUCCUUUUAUAGAUGAGAAAUUGUCAAAAUUGUCUCAAAUUUUAUCUAGAUAAUUUAAUGAUUAGUGUUUGAACUAUCUCAUGAAUUAUUGGAUUUUGGCUUUUGUCGAUUGAAAUAUCUCGCGAACGAAUGGGUUUAGGAGAAAAUGUGAAAAGAACUUUUUUGUGGAGGAGACAAUUCCCUGCGAAAAGUUUCCUAUGACAUUUUCCUCUAGGAGCACUCAUUAUCGAAAUAAUUCACCAUUCAACAGAAUGACUAACGUAAGCAAUCAAGUUUUUACGUUUUACUAUUUCAUUAUUGAUUUUUUACGCUUUAAUGCUUGCGAGGGCAAAUUCUUACAAUAUUUUCCAGAGCAGUCAUUAACAACGAUUCUUUACACGUCGUUGUCAAUCAUAAUCCGCCAUAAUUGUAUAAAAGUAUUUGAAAUCAGAGGGUGACGUAGAGAUUCAAUUUUUUUUUAAAGACGAAAUCAGUUUCGCAUAGGUGGUUAGAUAUUAUUAAACGUAACUAUUGUUAAUAUAAUUUUUUUACAAAUGAGACUGAUCGUUCUUUAGAGUAUUUUGCGUUUCUAUUGACUCGGAUUUUCGUCGCUUAAAUGAACAAUGAGAGCUUCAACAUGUGGAGGAGUUGAGGAAAACUGAUCAAAGGAGGUAAACAUAUCAGUAUUGUUGAUAUGGAAUGACGAUAAGAUUCUGUAGUUUUUUUUUGGAAACUGCCCCUUUGAUAUUUGUAGGAAUAACUAUAAUUGCAAAGUGCACGAGUAACAGUUAGCGAAUAAUUGAAUGAAUUAUUUCAAUCAAAUGACAAAUAAUUCACGUAAAAUUUAACAGAAAAAUCUGGCGCUUUUUAUAAAAAUUCUACCAGAAAAUUCUGUUUUCUUCACUGGAAUUGGCGCAUAAAACCACCAGAAUUAUUUGAUAGAAAGUGCCAGGUUUGUCUAUUAAAUUCUCUCAUACGUGUUCCCACAAAUUAUUUGGGUUUUGUGGUAUCUUCAGAGGGAAGUUGAACACCUUGAGACAGUGUUGCCCUAUAAUUCAUUUUGAGAACCAGAACUCGCAUGAAUUUUCAAUUUUUCAAUCUCACGAUGUUGACCCCAGAAAAUUUUCCAUUCCAAACACUCGAAAAAUUGUUCAUUAAUCAACGAAUAAUUUUUCAUGAAUUAUUAUUGCCGUUUGAAGAAUGCACAAAUGGGGAAUAAAGAAACACCUUCGCGCAAGUUCACGUGAAAUCAAUGAAUUAAUUGAUAUAGUUUGCGCAAGGGAGUCGUUGAUACUUUUCUAUUUUUAAUUUUUCGAUGAAUUUUCGGAAUGCCUGCAGUACGUCCAUUUUUUUAACCAAAUAAUUCAAUAACAAUUUGCCAACAAUGUUCGCACAACUCAAGUUGAUCAUCAACAUUGUCAAUUUACAGAAUGAUUUACUGAUAUUUUAGUUUUAACUACCAAUAUUUUUGGUAAAAUCAAUGAAAUAUUUUCCCUCGACUUAUGAUAUUACAUUGUCAGUGGGUGUUGAAAGAAUAACCGAAGUGUUAAUUUAACGAAAAUCAGGGAAAACUACAAAUUUGAGCUUCGCUUCCUCAAAACUUAGCCAAUGACACUCUCGUUUUACAAUUAUCACUGUUAUCGAAAAAGAAAAAAAAUGAAAAAAAGUGAAAAAAAAAUAUUAAGAAAGACUCAACGAAGUUGUUGAUGGAGUUUAUACAGUAGUCAUCUAGUCCUCCUCGUAUACGUGAGUCCAUGCACAAAAGAAAUAGUGAAAAAUAAAAAUCAUGAGAGACAAUUAAAUAAUUAAUGACAUGAGGUACGUGAGCGAACGCGCAAGUGCAGUUAAUCUCCAAAUAACUACUAUCAAAUCAUACUAGGACUUUGUUGUAAAUUUUAAUGAUACAUUUUUGGCAUUUACAAUAGUUGAGAGUUAUAAUGGGGGGAGUAAUUAUUUUGACAAAUGCACGAUCAUUGUAAACACCGAUCGGUCCUAUUGGGAUGCGCUGAGGGGGAAAAAUACCUGUGCCCCAUGGAGAAAACGAAUUUACGUGCUGAAUAAAUCAAUCAAUCAAUUUGAUGGAGAAAAAUCAGUUUUCUGAGGCAUUUUCUAGGAAUAAAUUCAUCCAAAACAUCGAAUAAUGCACGAUCCUUCUGGCAGAGGUAUCAUUUUCCCUCAGUGCGAUUAACGAAUGAGAUAACGUAUAUUUAAAUUGAUUCAAUUAACGUUAAAUUAAUCAACCCAUCGAUUUAUUUAAUGCAAGAUAUAAGUAUGCUCACCGUAAGACAAUAUUUUUCAAUUAAUUUUUUUAAAACUAAUCUUCCAGGAUUUUAACUUUGUACUCUUGUAUUGUAUUUAUCAGCAGCUAAUAAUCAUCGUAUUAAUGAGUUUAAGGUAAUCAGUGUUAUGAAUCUCAGUGGCAUUUUAUUUGUAUUAGGGAUGAUAUUAAUUUCUCUCGGCUGUUUUUUUUUUCGUUGUGAGAUUGCGUUGAUCAGCGUUGAUUAAUUGGUCUCGAGAGGAUUUGGGAGUGAAAACAUUUAUCAAUCGGGGGAACAGUUUGCAGUCCCGAAUAUUUUUCUGUGCAACUUCUGCCAUUACGAUAUUUUCAAUGGAAAGAUGAAAUUCUAUUGGAUAUUUUUUAUUAAAAAAACGCAGCAGAGCAGCAAAUUCUGCGAUUGAAUUGACCAAAACUAAUGGAAUAUUCAAUAGAAAUGUUCACCAGAAAAUGAAGAUUUAGUUUAAAUUAAGUUUUGAUCAGAUUUUUCGAUACAAAUGAUUUUAUCAAGAUAUUUCCUGUAGAUAAUGUCUCAAUAGAAGAACGAAAUCCCAUUGAUUUUUUCUAUUAAAAAAACGUGCGGAAUUCUUCAAGAGAAUCGGCCAAAAAUUAAUAUAAUUUUCAAUAGAAUCUUUUCGUAUUUCACUAUUUUUUUCACUCCCAAUGCCUCUUAAUGAUAUUGAUCUAAUGAAAAACGAGAAAAGUGAGGGGAAAAUUGAAAUACCAAAUAUUUAUUCCUUGAUAAGAAGUAAUUAGUCACGUAUUUAAACAUUUUAUAUGAAAGAGAGGGAAUAAAUUAUAAUUGACAUGUUUUUAAUCAUCGGAAUGAGUAGAUAAGUUUUUAACAUAUGUAAGUGAUGAUGUUUUUAACACGUGGAGACGAAAAAUCAUGCCAUUGGGGGAUGAGGGGUGCACAUGAGGCAUUACUGAUCGUUCUAUUUGUAAUGCCAAUUUGUCCAAUGAGUUGCCACAGUUUCUAUUGACACAAUGAUGAAUCUCGUUAGAUCUGAUUAAUCAUUUGUUACUGUAUCAUUUGUAAGAAUUCAUGGGAAUGUUCCUCAAUCGGAUGAUCGGUACAAACUAUUAAUGAUGUAUAUACAAUACUGUUUUAUUUAAUUGAAGGGGGGGAGGAGGUGAGGAUUUUGGUCAUCGGGACAACACGAUUUUGAGGGGAAGUAAUAAAUGAGGUAAUAACUAUGCAAUUGUUUGUGAAAUUGUGGAUGUUUUUAAGAUGAACCGAGAGAAAAUAACGUGGAUACGUAGUGAUUGAAAUGACA